AUGGUUUGCUGCUGGGUGUAUUUGAUGAUCACCGCUGCCUGCUUCCGAAGUUCGACUGCGAAGGGGGGAGGACCAGGGUGGGAUGACAGCCUGUUGUCGCAAUGCCCACAUACAGAUUCGAUGGUGUAUUCUGACUACGGCACGUUGUCGGGGGGAUUCCCAGUCGACACCAAAGUCCCAAGCACAGACUUUGCGGAUACCUCUUUUACGAUGAUCGCAAGCUUGUAUGUGUUUGAGCCCGUCCCAGGCGGCUGGACAUGUUGGCUCGGGAGCGGCCAGACGUGGCCGUUUGUCAAUAGCGGACAUUUGCACUUGUGUUUGACGAACACGAAAUUGAAACUCGGGUUUUACUCCAACGAUCUUGAUGCCAACUAUGCUUUUCCAGCCGAGACCUGGGCGACAGUUUCUGCAGUCUAUGACGCGAGCAGCCAAACACAGCGUCUUUAUGUGGACGGUGCAUUGGUGGGCACCAGGAGUACCUCAGGAAACUUCAAAGGCCAAGCGACUCACAACGUGGAGAUCGGACGGGCGCACAAUAAUCCAACUAGCUUUGACGGCAAGGGGGCGAUACGAAAUGUGGUCUUAUAUACGGAAGCGAUUGAUGCAGCUGACCUCGAGGCCUGUGCAGCGGACCCGUGGAUGACAAUAACAUCCAGUACCUCUAGCACACAUACGCUGACUUCAACUACGUCGGCAACGAUGAGCACAUCGUCCACGAGUUCGUCCUCAGCGACGAGAUCCUCUACGAGUUCGUCGUCUACGGUGAGUACAUCCUCGACUGCCUCAAGCAGCACGUCGUCAACCACCAGAUCACUGACAAGUUCGUCGUCGCUUAGCACAUCGUCAUCGACAAGAACAUUGACUAGUUCUUCCACAGUUAGCACAUUAACGACUAGCACCGAUACCUCAUCGUCGACGAGGUCUUUCACAAGUUCGUCGUCCUCGUCCUCCAUCAGCAUGACAGCCUCCAGCACCGUGACUACAAGCAGCCAGGCGAACGUCACAUUUUUCGUGGAGAAUACGCAGGAUCAGGCGUUGGCAGAUGCAGCAGAAGUCCUCCUAGAUGCCAGCCUCCAGCACAUCGGAGCCCUGGUCACCGUGCCAGGUCUGGGCCGAACCAGCGCUUCGUCCUUCAGCGUGGAGGGCUUAGUGCCUGCUACGCCGAGGUACGUUGUCGGACAACUCGAUAAGAGCUUGCUGGCAGCUUUCCCAUUUCCGCUUGUGAACCACUCUGCAGAUGAUCUGUUCUUGUCAUUUUCCGACUUCGAGGAGGUUCUGCAAGAAGGGGAGGUUGUCAGGCUCGUGUCGGGGAGGCGAGCACAGUUGCUGGCCGAUGCCGUCGACGUGUCUGUUGUCUUCCCCGGGGGACAGCACUGGCCGAUAAAUGUCAGCAUGCAGCAGCCAAUCUAUAUCCGAGUGGCUCCAACUUUGAACGGGAACAACAGCUUGUGUGCGUUCCUCACGGAGUCCGGCUGGUCCAUGGAAGGAGUAAGACCGGCACUGCCAGAAGAACUUGCUGCAGCCAUGGGAGACGAGUACCUUCCGGGUUUCUGGUGUGCAACGACACACCUGACCAUCUUCGCAGCGAUUCUUGAGCUUGCAGUGGCCUGCACGAACAUCGAGGUGCUAUCAUCGCAGCUGCUGCCCAGACUGCUGGAGAGCAGUUGGCCCACUCGUGCGCCUUCUGUGCUCGUUCUUUGCACUUUGGGCUGCUGCGUGGUGAUCUUGCUGGCUGCAAUUCUGGCCGACAGGAGAGCACGUUUGCGGGACGUGUGGCGCCAGUCGAAUUUGCUUACAGCUAUCCCACCAUCUCGGGUGUCCUGCUGCCCAAGCCUCUGCAGAUGCCCGGGCAAGUCAAGCCAUGCAGGGAAAGCACCGCAACAAUCGGAGAGCAAAGAAGCCGCAGAUUCCCCGGGACUGCAGCAGCAGAUCGGAAGAAUGCUUGGUUCUCUUCAGCCUCGGACUUGGGCGCGGAGAACGGGCAUCCGGGUCAUGGUAAGAGGAACGUUGCAGUCGCUUGCUCUGCUGCUCUGGGUGGACGAGCAUUCCUUGCAGACCCAUGUGUGGAAUGGACAGGGCUGGGUACAGGGGAGCUUAGUCUUGGCAAAGUCGAAGCUGCUGGCGAAAUGGACCGCGAAUCUCGAUGAGGAGCUUCCACGGCUUUAUGCUGCCUGGGGCCGUCGGCGCUGGCGACGCGCCCUCGUCUCCUUCGCUGCCUGCCAUCCCUUCCUGGGCAUUUUCCCGGUGUCGGUGCACCUGACUUCGGCGAAGCGUGCGAUGAUCUUCUCACACUUUCUUUUGGGUUCUUUGGCGAUGUCUUCACUGUUUAUCUCCGUGACGGGGGUCCUGGAUGUCACCAGCGACUUCGACUGCCCCGUCGAGGAUGACACGCUUCGGCUCUUGCUCAUUGCAGCUGUGUCCAUGGCUCUGAACUCACUUCCCCGGCUCUUCUUCCGACAGCUCGGAUCCCGGUAUUUUGCUGAGGGCGCUGGUGACGAAUUCAAGGUCAGGAGGAAGUUGAAAGAGUGGCUGGUUGCUGACGCUCUCUUUUGGCUCCUUUCCUUUCUCUGGCAAGCUGGCUACAUCCUUUUCCUUUGUGCCUUCUUGGCGAGUCUGGCGCCAGCAGAUGAGUCGAAAUGUCUCCUUUGUUUCGGCGCCAUUCUCUUUGCGAAGUUCAUAGCAUCCCCAUUUUCCAGGAUGUGCCUUCACUUUGUGUUCACGGAGAUCGCCCUUUGUUCAUUCCCUGAUCUCCUCAAGGUGCCUCCACCAGAGCUUGGAUUAGACCUCACGGCUCCAGCACCGAGUGACGAGGUCCUCUCUGCAGGCGAUGGAAACGUUGCGCAGCAGAAGGUCAUCGAGCUGGCAAGUCGCGGCAUCCGCGUACGGCACCUCUUGGACUUCUACGAAGAGAUGCUUGGGCGAGAGUUCUUUGAUCCGGAGCGAUCUACCACGCAUGAUGUCGUCCGCCACGCCAUCAUCCCCAUGACCCUUCAGGGUGUCUUGCCCGCGGAGGAAGGUGACGAUAUCCUGCAGUGGACCGAAGAUACUGGCGUGACGUUUUUUGAGUCGGAGCAGCGGGUGCAGGGAAUCGCCUACGCAAGCAUGGUGAACGAGCUGAAGCCUGUCUUCGCCUUGAAAAUGGUGACCCAUGCUUGGGGCAACGUGUUUCGCAACUUACUGGCUGCCGUGUUCGCGGAUGCCUUGGGACAGGAGACCUAUGACAGGGUACUACAUUUGCUCGAAGAGCCCGGCUUGAAGACCAUCCGCUUCCAGCUGGCGGCUUUGCAUCAGUUAGACUUCCCGUAUUGGAUAUGUGCUUUCUCGGUGAAUCAACAUGCGGGCAUUUGUAACAGAGCACCAUCCCAUGACUCCUUGGGCCGCGAGAUCACGGCAUGCCCCUGCACAACACCGAAGUUUCUUACUGGCGAGCACUGUGAGAUGAAUAAGUUCGAUGACAUGAUCAACUACCUGCGGCGCAGCAAUGCCGCAGCUCGCAAGAGAGGCGAUGAGACAGAACGCUUCGGCCAGGUUGUGGCCAUUGACAUGGGGUUCGAGCUUUUUUCGAGGAUUUGGUGUGUGGCGGAGCUUGUGGAAGCGGAGAAGCUGCAUCUGCCACAAGCACUGAAAAUGCAUUCCCAAAGCUCACGGGAACAGUGCGUGCUAAAGCUGCACCAGCUCGACGUCCGCUCGGCACAAGCCAGCUUCGAAGCAGACCGUCAACUGGUCUUGGACAAGAUCCAAGAUGUCGAUCUGUUCAAUGACAAGUUGCGUGACCUCUUGCUGACACGGCUGAAUGGCUUUUUGGUCGCAGAGCUCCUAGUCGGCCUUCUGAGUGUUGAGGAACUGCUGGCCACAGUCCUCGAUACGAUUUAG